AUGAAGCCCUUUCCAAACAGUACAUGGCAUUGGAGCCGAACUAUAAGACCAUUUUCACAACACUUGUCCACUACUUGCUUUCUGCAACAAUCGUCGAGAUUAACGUCAAAACGAUACCUACAUCUUUCAAUAUCAAAACAACAACAAAAGCGCCACCUACCCGAAUCCGAGCUCGCUAAGUAUAAAGAAUACUACCAAGAUUUGAAGACUACGAUAAAUGAAAUACCUGAAUCAGUGGCCUCCAAGUCUCCUUCUUUAAGAACGCUCCACAAGAGAUUACAAUUACCUAAUGAAUUUUCCUAUUCAACACUCUCCAGGUGUUUGACAUGUCCCUCUGCAAAACUUCCCGACAAGAUCAAUGAUCCUUCCAAAGGUGCAGCUUUCAUCAACACCGUACCCACUAAUAAAUACUUAGACAACCACGGUUUGAACAUCAUGGGUAAGAAUUUGCUAUCUUAUCACGUUACAAAAUCUAUCAUACAAAAAUAUCCAAGAUUACCUACUGUGGUUUUGAAUGCUGCAGUCAAUGCAUACAUAUCAGAGGUUGUCCUGGCCCAUAUUGCCAAAUAUUGGGGCAUUGAAGUGGAAACCACGUCUAUUUUAUCGCGCUAUUUGAAACAGGAGCCGUUUGAGUUCACCUUGGGGAGACUUAAAUUUUAUAAUAAUUCGUUGAAUUCCAAUGAUGGUAUUGAAUUAAUCACUGAAAAGAAUUUUUCAGAGAUAAGUGCCCUUGCAAUGAGUGUAAGAAGUAUAAUAGCGGCUAUUUGGGCUGUCUCGGAGCAAAGGGAUUCUCAGGCGGUCUACAGAUUUAUUGACGAUCACAUUAUGAGUAGAAAAUUGGAUAUCACGAAAAUGUUCCAAUUUGAACAACCUACAAGAGAAUUGGCCAUGCUAUGUCGUAGAGAAGGACUGAAAAAACCUGUAUCAAAGCUAGUCGCUGAGUCUGGUAGAUUGUCCAAGUCACCUGUUUUUAUUGUACAUGUCUUUUCAGGCGAAGAAACUUUGGGUGAAGGUUAUGGUUCCUCGUUGAAGGAGGCAAAAGCAAGAGCGGCUACUGAUGCUUUGAUGAAGUGGUAUUGCUACGAGCCUCUCGCCAAACAAGAACCAGUUAUCGAUCCUGGUACUGUUGUUGUUUAG